ACUCACGGAUACAUUUGUGUAACAGUGACAUUUACCAUUUUUAUUUUGUAUAGCAUUUCUUAUUUACUGUAUACGAUUUUGUAUACACAUUUCAGACUAAAGUUAAAUCGAAUUUAAUCUCAAGUCGAUGUUGUUUGGUACUAGUUUACGUAUGUAGAUAAUUAAGUUGAAUAAGUCAUGGAUAGUAACAAAAAAUAUGGUCUGAUUUUAUCAGAAAAAUCUAAAAUUAAACAACCCACCUUUCAGGCUACUCGUAAUGUUUUUGGUGAUGACACAGAUUCUGAUGAAGAACCUAAGAAAAAACUAGUUCUUUUAAGACCGAGUGAUAACAUAAAUAGACAGAGUAAAAUAUCACAGGAAAAAGCUAUAAAUGAAGAUCCUACUGUGUACCAGUAUGAUGAAAUAUAUGACUCUAUGAUAAGUAAAAAGGAGGAGAAAAAAGAAAAGAGUAAAGAACAAAAGAAACCAAAAUAUAUAGACAAUUUGAUGAAAGCGGCAAACAAGAGAAAGAUUGAAAAUGAACGGCGAUUAGAAAGACAAAUACAAAAAGAAAGGGAAAAAGAGGGAGAUGAGUUUGCAGACAAAGAAGUUUUUGUGACUUCGGCUUAUAAACAGAAAUUAGAAGAAUUGAGAAAGGAGGAAGAAAAAGAGAAAUAUGAAGAAUAUUUGGAGAGUAUAGGAGAUGUAACUAAACAAAAAGAUCUAGGUGGUUUCUAUCGGCAUUUAUAUGAGCAAAAGUUAGGAACCGACAAACCAGAUAUUAAAGAUGAAAAAGUACAAAGUAGUGAUGUGAAGGUUGAAGAUGAAAAAUCCGAAAUCAAGGUCAGCAAUAUUGAUAAAACACAUACAAGUAAAAAGAGGAAUUACAGAAAAAGAAAGUCCUCAGAUCACAAAAAUAUGUCUGAAGGGGAGAUUGAUGAUUCUGAUGAAGAAAUUAAUAGAUAUAAUCUUGAAGAAAUUAGGAAUUCAAAGAAAUCUAAGCAAAUUGAUACCAACAUUGACGCAGAUUCAGACUUUUCUAUUGAUGAUGAUUCAAGUGAUGAAGAAAAUGAUAAGAGCAAAAAUGAUGAAGAAAAAUCUGCAAAACAAAAAGACAUUAGUAAACAGGAUACUUCUCCAGAAAAGGAAGUUAAAACUGUAAAGAGUGAAGAAACUAAUGAACAAGUUAAGGAUAAACUCGAGCCGCCAGUUGUUAAGAAAAUUGAUAUAUGGAAAAAACGUACUGUAGGAGAAGUGUUUGAACAAGCUCUCAAGAGAUAUUAUGAAAGAAAAGCUAAUAGGGGAUUUUAGCAUUUUGAUGAAAUAAAAUACAUACAUAAUUUA